AUGGCAUCCCAAGCUCCAGGGUCAUCUGCACCGUCAUCCAACAUCAACUCCCCAAUUUUACCACCCAAUGGUGGUCCUCACCUCAAUGCGCAAUUCACCGAUCUGAACCCCCGGUCCUCUCCCGCUCCUUCUGCGCAAGGCGAUGGCCGGGCCAAGCGCAACAAGCGAGACAGUCGUAAAAAGCGCGAAGCUAAGGGCUUAGAUACCGAAAGUGCACCUCCACCACCGAAGAAACGCGCCACAACAGCAGCAAACACAGCCCUCCCCAGCUCAAAGCUGCGCAUCCUGCGCCCAUUGCUCCUCGCGGAACCCCAUGAUUCAGAUCGGUUCCCUCCACAAGCUCGGCAGCUGAACCGAGUGAGUAGGAAGUCAUCAGAGGUGUUGGGCCGGAGCUGGGAUUUCUACGAGGUGGUUGACAAGCUCACCAACAAGAAUGGGUUCCGCUACAGCUAUGCUAUCUCGGACGCAGGCUUCCCUCACAUCAAAUAUCGCCAGACGGAUGUUCGCCCAUACCAUGCUCGCUUUAGCUUUGAGGAUUCGCCGGCUGCUAUCUCGUUCUCGGAGAAUGCGACGGCUGUCACCACCAGUGAUGCAUGGCAUACCGCUCGCGCAAACGUGUGUGCUCGGGAGGGGACCUACUACUACGAGGCUCGCGUGAUUAGUGGAAUUGUUAACGAUCCACAAGCCCCUCAGAAUGGCAGGCCCACCACCUCACCCCGCGGCCAUGUCCGCAUUGGCUUUGCCCGCCGGGAGGCCGACCUCGACGCGAAUGUCGGGGUGGACUGCUACGGGUACGGGAUUCGGGAUGUCAAUGGCGAAGUUGUCAACCGCAUGCGAUGUGAAUUCUUCUUCCCCAAAGGAGAGGCCAUCAAUGAGGGAGACGUUAUUGGCAUGCUCAUCACACUUCCUCCCCUCUCACUUCACAAAAAGAUCGUCGAAGGGACCUACGACGCUGCCACGGAUGGACCUGGCUCGACGCAGCCUCCUACGGCUACAAAUAUCAUUCGUGACCGGAUUCCCUUCCAUUACAAGUCCGACUUUUGCUGGCAGCAAUCCAAUGUCUUCUCGACCAAGCACCUUCGCGACUACGCCUUCAAUCUGAAGGAAACGCCGACCUUUGGCCCUCCGUCUCCGUUAAACAGCGAGGAUGCCACUCUUCGCACGCUGCCCGGGUCUAGCAUUACCAUUCUGAAGAACGGGGUUCCAAUGGGCACUCCAUUCAAGGAACUCUACGCCUUCCUGCCACCUGCCAGCCGUUUAGCCAAUGGCACUAAUAACCUCGGUAUUGGCGAGCGAGAAAACGCAGAUGAUGGUAUGAUCGGCUACUACCCCGCUGUCAGUUGCUAUGGCGGUGGCGCCGUCGAAUGUCGCUUCGAGGGGCCGUGGUGGGUUGGCCCACCUGAGAAAACCGAGACCGGCGAACCCGUCCGGCCCAUGGGCGAGCGUUUCAACGAUCAAAUCGUGGAAGACGUGAUCGCCGAUAUGGUGGACGAGGUCGAAGCUAUGUUCACCUGGGGUGGCAUUGACGGCAAUGUCAUCAACAACAGCACAGAGCUCGAUGAGUCGGGCGUGGUAGGCGGAGCGGAAGUGCUGAAGGGCGGCGUUGGAGCGGCGAUGGACUAUGCCAUGGCUGCUAACACCCCAGGCACUGCCGGGGCCUCUGAUUCAGCAGUCAACAGCAACCACGAGACACCAGCUGCUGGUGAUGCUGGGACCCAGCCUGCUGCAGAGGCCGUGAGCAUUGGAGUGGAUACCCCUACGAUAGAAGUACAAGGCGACGGCGACGGCGAUGUUGAGAUGACCUAA